GCCAAGGCGGUGGCAGGAUGGUCUGCACACGUGCCAACUCAUAGCUUUCGGAACUGCUCAACUCCUAUAAAUAUUAACAAGGGAUCCUAACUGUUCAACGAUUUGGGAUAAGUAAACAAAUCUCACCGGAUCCCUCUCCCCAAAUAUUUUUCAUUUUUUUCGUGUUAAGAUAUAUUUCUUUUUCGGCGUGUAGAAGAGAGCUCUCACCUUUUGACCUUAAGCCGCUCAUCAUCUCCCUUCGAUCUUUUCAAACUUUGAUCAUCAGUUUAUGCUGCUUUAACGUUGCGUUCUUUCUCCUUAGUUCUGCAAGGCGAUGGAGUUUGAAUAUCGGGAGGAGUAUAUAAAAAGUUCGAGAGGAGUGCAGCUCUUUACAUGCAGAUGGUUGCCUGCGAAUUCAUGUUCUCCAAAAGCACUUGUUUUCCUUUGCCAUGGGUAUGGCAUGGAGUGCAGUGGUUUCAUGAGAGAAUGUGGAGUCAGGCUAGCAAGUGCUAGAUAUGCUGUGUUUGGAAUUGACUACGAGGGGCAUGGACGGUCCACUGGUUCUCGCUGUUACAUCAAGAAAUUUGAAAAUAUAGUGAACGACUGCGAUGAAUUUUUCAAGUCAGUUUGUGCCGAGAAAGAAUACAGGUAUAAGGGCAGGUUCCUGUAUGGAGAGUCCAUGGGAGGAGCAGUUGCACUGUUACUCCACAUGAAGGAACCUUCUUUUUAUAAUGGUGCUGUUCUUGCCGCCCCUAUGUGUAAGAUAUCGGAGAAGUUGAAGCCACACCAGGUGGUUAUUAAUAUCUUGACUGGUUUUGAAGAUCUUAUACCAAAGUGGAAGAUCGUCCCGUCAAAAGAUGUCAUUGACUCUGCCUUUAAAGACCCUGUUAAGAGAGAAGAGAUAAGGAAUAACAAGCUGAUAUACCAAGACAAGCCUAGGCUGAAAACAGCGCUGGAAAUGCUCAGAACUAGCAUGAGGGUGGAGGAAAGUUUAAAUAAGGUGACACUGCCAUUCUUAGUGUUGCACGGUGACUCAGAUACGGUGACGGACCCUGAAAUAAGCAAGGCCUUGUAUGAGCGAGCAAGCAGCGAAGACAAGACCAUGAAAUUGUACCCUGGAAUGUGGCAUGGUUUGACGGCGGGAGAAACUGACGAAAACGUUGGAAUCGUUUUUACCGAUGUUGUAGCUUGGCUUGACAAGUACACCGCCGAGGGAAGUAAUCUUGUUGUUGAACCGUUGCAUGAAACUUUCAACAUUGGCAUAGAGAAACUUCCAUCUCCGCCGCCUAAGACUUACAAGCAAUCACUUGCUUGCUAUCUCUGUGGAUUUAAGGAAACCCGCACGCUUCAUUCCGCUAUGUAGCUCUUCUCCCGUGGCUGUUAUCCAAGAGCUUGGUUUUUUUCUUUUUACUGAAAAUGUGAAAAUCAUGUUCACAGGGAAAAAGAAAUAAAGUGAUUUUUUUUAC